UUUUUUUUGUUUUGUUUUGUUUUUUUUCUUUUCAAACGUUUUCAAAAAUGAAUAAUGACAAAAGUAGCGUGAUUGUCGAUCACAUUAAACAGAAAAUAAAUGAUGCUCAUUUAAGACCCGAAGAAAUCCAAGCUAUUGAUAAAGCCCGAAACCAAGUGUUUACUAGAAGUACAGUAGGUACUUUGGUAUUCGGUAGACGUAGAAGGAUUAGUGUAUUUUUGAUGAUACCAUUUGUCAGUGGUGGUUUCUUGUUUGGAUCACAAUUAGGUAUGCUGUCGGGCAUUAUGGCUGGUAAACGAACCAUUGAAAAGCUACCUGAUCAAGCACGUCUUAUUAAUUUAGUAAAGGAGAUACAAAAAGAAGUAAUGGAGGCGAAUGGCUAUGUCAGAGACUCUUCCAGUGAUAUCUUUGCUCGUCCUCGACCUAUGACACCUGAAGAAAAACAGGAAUAUAAACAAAAGACAUUACUUGAUAAUGAUGCUAACAAUAAUAAUGAUCCUUCUGAUUGGUGGAGCAGUACUGAUGAUGAUGAUAAUAUGUUUAUGAAUGAUAACAAUAAUGAUAAUGAUACAUGGUUAACUAACGAUCAGGUUCCUUCAAAUACAACAGCAACGACAUGGGAUAGAAUUAGACAACAAAAUAUGAGUAAAUAGUUACGUAUUGUAUUUACUGAAUGUUUUGAUAGUAUAACAAUAAUAAUAAAAAGAAUAUACUACGACUAAGCUAAGCUGAUGUAGAAGAAAUAAGUCAUAUACGACACUUGCUAGAAAGUCUAAAAUUAGGACUAUUUUACCUACAUCAUGUCUUUAAUAUAUCGACAU